AUGAAGCUUCUGUCAGUUAUCAGCGCACUGCUGUGUGCUUCCACUUCCCUCGCGGCAAGCUCCCCCCACAAGCUUGGUGUCUUCCGGCACAAGAAGCCAAUUCUGGAGAAGUAUGAGGCAAACAAGCCCUUCUCGCACCCAGAGAUUCGCAAGCGUGCCACCAGCUUCUUCGCGACGAACAAGACAGAACCGUUCGCCGUCAAUGGUACUGGUAUUCCAGAGGUUCCAUUCGACGUCGGUGAGUCGUACGCAGGUCUUCUGCCUAUCUCAGAUGAUCCGAGCGAGACCCGCAAGCUCUUCUUCUGGUUCUUCCCGUCAACUCAAGCGAAGAUUCAAGAAGAGGUCGUCAUUUGGCUGAACGGUGGCCCUGGAUGCAGUUCGCUCAGUGGAUUCCUUACGGAAAAUGGCCCAUUCACUUGGGAGGCUGGCACCGUUGCACCGGUUCAGAAUCCCUACAGCUGGAACAACUUGACCAACGUAUUGUGGGUUGAACAACCAGUAGGCGUGGGAUACUCGCAAGGUGUGCCCAACAUUACAAACGAGGUCGAAUUGGGCAACGAGUUCCGCGGCUUUUACAAGAGUUUUGUUGACCUCUUUGGCAUCUACAACUGGAAGACGUACAUCACUGGCGAGUCAUAUGCUGGAUACUACGUCCCGUACAUUGCCGACAGCUUUAUUCAAGCGAAUGACAGCAAGUACUGGAACCUUGCCGGUAUUUCCAUCAACGACCCCAUCAUUGGAGACGACACACUUCAACAAGAGGUUGUCGCCCUACCUUACGUCGAAUACUGGCAGAAUCUGCUGUACCUCAACGAAAGCUACAUGGAGCGGGCCCGUAAACGCCAAAGUGAAUGUGGUUACGACACAUACCUUGAGAAAUACUUCACGUUUCCUGCACCUGAGGAGACAGCCCCCGUUCUUCAGUCGCCGUACAAUACUGAGGAUGGCCACUGCGCCAUGUUCGAGAACUUGUACGGCGCUAUCCUGCUGGUGAACCCAUGUUUCAACAUCUACCACAUCCCCGAGACUUGCCCACAUCCAUUCUCUCAGCUGGGUAUAGUUAACUCUGGCGACUACCAGCCUCCGGGCGCCCAAGUCUAUUUCAAUCGUUCGGAUGUCGCAGAGGCACUCCACGCUGUUCCUGGCACCAACUGGGAGCAGUGCAGUAGCAAGAACGUGUUCGGACUGGGCAACGACACCAGUACUGCUAGUGACGCUUCCAAGGGCCCAGCCAACACUGGUGUUCUUCAGCGCGUUAUUGAAUACACCAACAACGCCAUCAUUGGAUCUGGAGAUCUUGACUUCCUCCUCAGCACCAAUGGUACCCUUUUCGCCAUUCAGAACAUGACCUGGCACGGACAGAAGGGCUUCACCGAGUACCCUUCCACUCUUCUGUACGCACCUGACCACCCCGAGUACAACGGCGGUGCUCUGGCCGGCUCUGGUUACCAAGGUGUCUGGACGAAGGAGCGCAACCUGACCUUCUACACGGCUCACCUUGCUGGACACGAGCUUCCUGGAUACACUCCGGGUGUUGCGUACCGCAUGUUGGAGAUUCUUUUGGGCCGCGUCAAGGACUUCAGCAGCAUGGAGCCGUUCACCACGCAGUCGGGAAACUUCACUGGCACUACCCCGCUAUACAAGCGUGGUUCCAUUGACGGGUGGUAGAGAACAUGAUUCAGUAGAAUGGUUAGGAAGUUCAUUGCCCAAGGGAUUAAUACAUGCAUCCAAACUGAUGCUCACGCAAAAGAUCAAUGCUACUUGAUGUGAUGUAUCGUAAAUAAAGCUCACUUUGACUCAUUUGCAAGACA